GCGAAGCGGGAAGAGGAAGUGUGGGGCCCCAAAAAGUAUUACCAGGCGCAGCAGCCGCUGCUGCGGAUUCCGCAGCUGUGGCUGCAGACCCCAGCAGCAGCAACAAAACAAGAUUUGAAACCAAUUGAAAAAGAAUGGAGAUUCGACAAGUUCAUCCAAGAGUUCCCCGAACUCUGGAGGUCGCUGCAUGAGGCGCGUUGGCCCCAAAUCGAAGAACAAACAGCAAAAAGGAAGCAGCCGAAGCCGCAGCAGCAGCCAGCAGCAGCAGCAGCAGCAGCAGCAGCAACUCCUGCUGCUGCUGCAGCAAAAGAGCCUCCUGCUGCUGCCGGCAAGGAAGCACCGCCGCCUGCUGCUGCAGCCAAGGGGCCUCCAGAUGCAGCAGCUAAAGGGCCUCCUGCUGCUGCAGCAAAAGGGCCUCCUGCUGCAGCAGCUAAAGGGCCUCCUGCUGCUGCAGCUAAAGGGCCUCCUGCUGCUGCUGAUAAGGCAGCGCCACCUCCUGCUGCUGCUGCAGCUAAAGGACCUCCUGCUGCAGCAGCAGCUAAAGGGCCUCCUGCUGCAGCAGCUAAAGGGCCUCCAGAUGCUGCAGCAGCCAAAGGGCCUCCCGCUGCAGCUAAAGGACCCCCUGCUGCUGCAGCUAAGGGGCCUCCAGAUGCUGCAGCUAAAGGACCUCCCGCUGCAGCUAAGGGGCCUCCUGCUGCUGCGGCUAAAGGGCCUCCUGCUGCAGCUAAGGGGCCUCCUGCUGCUGCAGCUAAAGGGCCUCCUGCUGCUGCAGCUAAGGGGCCUCCAGAUGCUGCAGCAGCAAAAGGACCUCCCGCUGCAGCAUCUAAGGGGCCUCCUGCUGCAGCUAAGGGGCCUCCUGCUGCUGCAGCUAAGGGGCCUCCUGCUGCUGCAGCUAAGGGGCCUCCUGCUGCUGCAGCUAAGGGGCCUCCUGCUGCUGCAGCUAAGGGGCCUCCUGCUGCUGCGGCAAAAGGACCUCCUGCUGCAGCAAAGGGACCACCCGCUGCAGCAGCAAAAGGACCCCCCGCUGCAGCAGCAAAAGGACCCCCCGCUGCAGCAGCAAAAGGACCUCCUGCUGCAGCAGCAAAAGGAUCUCCUGCUGCUGCAGCAAAAGGGCCUCCUGCUGCAGCAGGGAAGGUGGCCCCGCCUCCGAAGAAAGGAUAA